AUGGCUCAAGGAUUACCAGUUUUUCCAGCAUUUAGUGUAAAAGAACCAGGCGUUGACACAAGAUGGAGGAAAUGGUCAGGUCGAUUCGAAAACUUAAUGAUUGGCAUGGACAUUAAAGACAAAAAACGUCAGAGAGCCUUAUUGCUACACUAUGCAGGGGAAGAAGUAAAUGACAUCUUUGACGUACUGCAGAAUACAGGGGAUGACUACGAAACAGCAAAAAUAAAGCUAACAGAGUACUUUGCCCCCAAGAAAAACACAGAAUUUGAGAUAUAUAAAUUUAGACAGGCAAAACAGGAAUCUAAUGAAAACAUUGAUAGUUUCCACACACGUUUAAGACACUUAAGUAUAAACUGUGAAUUUUCGGAAACAGACAAAGAAAUUAAGUCACAAAUCAUUCAAGGCUGCACCUCAACUCGACUGCGUCGCAAAGCACUACGCGAUGACCUGACAUUAGACAGUCUCAUCAAAGAAGCAAGGACACUAGAACUAUCAGAUCAACAAGCAUCUGAAAUUGAAGGUCAAGCAAAAUACGACGUCAAACGGGACAAUAAUUUCACAUACAAACUUAAUGAUAGCUCACAAAGUGAUAAGAACAAAGAAAGCGAAGAUGAAAACGAAAUAUAUGGACUAUCUGUCAAUUCCAUGCAAUUACAAAGACCAAGGCUGAAAGUGCAUAUCAACGGCUGUAAAAUUAAAGCAUUAAUUGAUGCAGGAUCAUCAAUAAAUGUAAUUGACGAAAACACGUACUCAAAGCUUCAAAAUAAAGUUCAUCUUAAGAGAGCACACACCAAAGUCUAUGCAUAUGGUGCUAGUAAAGUUACCUUAUUAGGCAAGUUCCAAGCACAAAUUGAAUCUAAAAACAAAAUAACAACAGCUCCAGUAUAUGUGACAAAGGGCGCCAGCGGUAAUCUUCUCUCUUAUCAGACAUCUGUUGACCUCAAUAUCAUUCCAGAAAUAAACACAGUCACAGACAGCAAGGUCGAUGAACUCUGCAAAAAGUACCAAACCGUGUUCACAGGCAUGGGGAAAAUGAAAGCAACAAAAGUCAAGCUAUAUGUGGAUAAAAAUGUUCAACCUGUUACGCAACCACAUAGACGAAUACCUUUCCACUUAAGAAAACAAGUUGAAAAUGAGCUCCAGAGGCUUGAGGACCUAGAUAUCAUUGAAAAAGUUGAGGGUCCCACAGACUGGGUAUCACCAAUUGUAGUAGCUCCAAAGCCAAAAACCAACCAAAUAAGGAUAUGUGUCGACAUGAGGCUACCGAAUCAAGCCAUAAAGCGCACAAGACAUAUUAUUCCAACUAUUGAUGACAUGAUUGUGGACUUAAGUGGUGCCAAAGUUUUCUCUAAACUCGAUUUAAAUCAUGGAUAUCACCAAUUAGAACUGUCAGAGGAAUCACGCAACAUUACAACAUUUACAACACAUGUUGGAUUAAGACGAUAUAAACGCCUCAGUUUCGGAAUCAAUAGUGCAGCAGAAAUAUUCCAAAAUGCUUUAAGUACGGCUCUAGAAGGUCUGAACGGCGUGAGAAACAUUUCCGAUGAUGUCAUUAUAUGGGCUGCCGACCAAGCAGAACAUGACAGAAGACUUGAGGCAGUGUUAAAGCGACUUGAGCAGAAAAACUUAACUUUGAAUAAAAGCAAAUGUGAGUUUAAUAAGCAAAAACUUGAAUUCUUUGGGUACAUUUUCAGUAAAGAUGGAAUGUCAGCAGACCCUAAGAAAAUUGACACAAUUAAAAAGACACAGCCUCCAAAAACAGUUUCAGAAGUCAGAAGUUUCCUAGCAAUGACAAAUUACGUGUCACGCUUUAUCCCAAAUUACAGCACUAUAGCAGAGCCAAUACGUCGUCUGAUAAAGAAAAACGCAAAAUGGGCAUGGAAAAAUGAACAAGACGAAGCAUUCAACAAACUGAAAUCUUUUUUGAGUAGUGAUACAGUCAUGACAUACUUUGAUCCUAAUAAGGAAACACAAAUAAUCACAGAUGCAUCUCCAGUCGGAGUGGCUUCAAUUAUGCUCCAAGAAGGUAAAGUUGUGUGUUAUGCAAGCAGAUCACUGACAGACGUUGAACGAAGCUCUUACAGUCAACAAGAGAAAGAAAACUUAGCAUUAGUUUGGUCAUUAGAACAUUGGCACAUAUACUUAUUUGGACAUAAAUUCACAGUCAUAACUGAUGCAAAAUUCCUUGAGAAUAUCUACAAUAAUCCUAAAUCAAAACUUGGAUCUGCAAGACUGGAACGUUGGAGAAUGCGCCUGUUAUCAUAUGACUUCAGGAUCGUGCACAAACCUGGAGAAUCAAACAUGUCAGAUUAUCUAAGCAGACAUCCAGACACAGGACAAGGCAGCAAAUCAAGCAUAGCUGAAGAAUAUGUAAGUUUUCUUGUAUAUCAUGAUGUACCUGUUGCAAUGAACAUGAAUGAAAUUAUUCAGGCAACUUCUACGGACAAUGACCUCCAAAUGGCCAUUAAAUCCAUAAAGACGGGUUGUUGGAGCAACACCAAUAAAAAUAAAGUAUUUGAUACGUUCUCUCGCUGUAAGAAUGAAUUAUCGGUAGUAAAUCUCAAUGGAGGUGAAAUCUUACUGCAUGAAUCAAGAAUUGUUAUUCCCAGGCAGUUGCAAGAUAAAGCGAUAUCAUUAGCUCAUGAAGGUCAUCAGGGAAUUGUUAAAACCAAACAACUUCUAAGAGAGAAAGUGUACUUCCCAGGCAUGGAUCAACAAGUUGAAAAUAUGUGCAAAAGCUGCAUCCCGUGCUUAGCAGCAACAAAUUCAAAACAGCAUGAACCUUUAAACAUGAGUGAUAUGCCAAAAUACCCAUUUCAAAUGAUUAGUUUGGAUUUUUGUGGCCCAUUUCCAGAUGGAAAAUAUCUGCUUGUACUAAUUGACGAAUAUUCACGUUUUCCUUUCGUAGAAGUCUUAAAUUCCAUAACAGGAAAUACAGUGAUCCCUGUGCUGGACAAAAUUUUCUCAGAAACCGGAAUUCCUGAAAUUCUCAAGUCAGACAACGGCAGUCCUAUGAACUCUCACCUAUUUAAAAGUUUUGCAAAACACAUGGGCUUCAAACAUAGGAAAAUAACCCCGUUAUGGCCACAAGCAAAUGCUGAAUGUGAGCGAUUCAUGAAAACCAUAGGCAAGUCAAUACGAGCUUCUCAUGUGCACCAUACAAACUGGAAACAAGACAUGUAUGCAUUUUAA